GAUAGCUAUAACAAAGCUAAUAAAAUUGUAAUAAAUAACUAUAAUGAAGAAGAAAGAAAAGAUAACUAUAAUAAAGCUAAUAAGAUUACAGAAAAUAAUGAUAAAGCAAGAGCAAAUAAACCAGAAAGUAUAAUUUUUGAAAAAAAUUCUCUUAAACAAGAAAUUGAUGACUUUAUUAAAAAUUUACAAAUAGAUUUUUUAGAACUAUUAACAAUAUAUUUUAUUGAGCAACAAAUAGUGAAGAAUUUAAGUAUAACAA